GCCGGAGUGAGUCCUCACAGUCGGGAGGAGCAAGUGAAAAGAAUCGCCAAUAACUACCUACCCGAGCCGAGAGAAAAGAAAAGAAAUUUUCUUCUAAAUAAAAAAAAGCGGCGUUGCCGAGAGCCCGAGCCCAAUAUAUAUAUUGUAGGCUGCCCCCAUCCGCUCCGCUCCGCUCCUUCCUCCCUCUGGUACUGGUGGGUACCAAAUCCGUGGCCGAUUCCCAGAUUGCAAGGCCUCCUUCCCCUACUGCUUCGGUUAAUCAUCACUUGCUGUCUUCUCUUGCACGGUUCCAGCUUCUCCGCUUCGGUUCCGGCGGCGAUGGCGAUGGCGAUGGCGGCGGAGGCCAAGGACGUCGGCAUCCUCGCCAUGGACAUCUACUUCCCGCCCACCUGCGUGCUCCAGGAAGAGUUGGAAACUCACGAUGGCGUGAGCAAAGGGAAAUACACCAUUGGGCUUGGGCAGGAUAGCAUGGCAUUUUGCACUGAAGUUGAGGAUGUUAUUUCAAUGAGCUUGACAGUGGUGAAGUCCCUACUGAAAAAUUAUAACAUUGACCCGAAGUGCAUUGGACGUUUGGAAGUUGGCAGUGAAACAGUAAUAGACAAGAGCAAGUCUAUAAAGACAUGGUUGAUGCAAAUUUUUGAGGAAUGUGGCAACACUGAUAUUGAAGGAGUUGACUCCUCAAAUGCAUGCUAUGGUGGAACAGCUGCGUUGUUUAAUUGUGUUAACUGGGUUGAAAGCAACUCGUGGGAUGGGCGCUAUGGACUUGUUGUUUGCACAGACAGUGCGGUUUAUGCUGAAGGUCCGGCUCGUCCUACUGGUGGUGCAGCUGCUAUUGCAAUGUUGAUUGGACCAAACGCUCCUAUUUCUUUUGAAAGCAAAUAUAGGGGAUCUCACAUGGCCCAUGCAUAUGACUUUUACAAGCCUGAUCUUGCAAGUGAAUAUCCGGUGGUUGAUGGAAAGUUGUCGCAGACAUGCUAUCUCAUGGCAUUGGAUUCCUGCUAUAAUGUAUUUUGUAAAAAGUAUGAAAAGCAUGAGAGAAAGCAAUUUUCAAUUUUUGAUGCAGAUUAUGUUGUAUUUCAUUCUCCAUACAACAAGCUUGUACAGAAAAGCUUUGCUCGUUUGUGCUACAACGAUUUCUUGAGAAACUGCAGCACGGUUGAUGAAGAGUCUAGGGAAAAAUUGGCACCCUAUACUGGUUUGUCAUCUGAAGAAAGCUACCAGAGCCGAGACCUUGAAAAGGCAUCCCAGCAAGUUGCGAAGAAACUGUACGAGUCCAAGGUUCAGCCAACAACAUUGAUCCCAAAACAAGUUGGGAAUAUGUAUACAGCAUCACUCUAUGCCGCUUUUGCUUCAGUUAUCUAUAAUAGACAUGAAACUCUGGCAGGCCAGAGGAUUGUUAUGUUUUCAUAUGGAAGUGGCUUGACAUCAACAAUGUUCUCUUUCAAAAUUAAUGAAGGCCAGCAUCCAUUCAGUCUGCUAAACAUUGCAAACAUACUGGAUAUUUCCAAGAAACUGGAGGCACGACAUGUGGUUCCCCCGAAGAAAUUUAUCGAGACACUGAAAUUGAUGGAGCACCGCUAUGGGGCAAAAGAUUUCGUGACCAGUCAGGACACAAGUUUGCUACCUGCAGGCACAUAUUAUCUCACCCACGUCGACUCCAUGUACCGAAGGUUCUACGCCGUGAAAGAUGACGCUGUCACCACUGCAGCGCUGGGCAACACCGCGCUCGCCGGGGAGUUGCACCGCGACGCCGUCUGGGAGGCGCUCUUCCCCGAGGCGCUGCGGGAGUUCGCUGGGGUCAAGGACACGGGAGUCCUGGACCCCCUCUGCAUGGUGCUCGACACGUGCUGCGGCGGGGAAGGUGAUCGCCGGAGACUCAACGAGCUGUGCGACCAGGAGUUGGGGCUGCCAAUCCUCGUCCAAGUUGUCAUUACUGCCUCGCAAGUGGAGCACAAGGAAGAGUGGUUGGAGUGGCUUCUGUUCAAAGUCUGUGUUGAGGAGCAAAAGUUUGAGAUCUUGUUUGAUGCCUUAUGCUCAAGUAAUGAUGUUGACAGUGGCGAAUAUAAUGCUAAGCAUGCGUUUCUUUUGGGCAUGCUAUCAAGUUGCUUGAACAACCAUCCCAAAGAAGUUACUGUCACAGACAGUUUUGCACAUCAUAUUUUCAGUGUACACAAGCAUGCUGCUGAAACCGUGAAUUUUACUCACCGAGGUACCUCUCCUCUUCCAACUGGGUGCCCUGCAGUCGAUAUCCUUGGAUACACACUGCAGCUCCUGAGGGACAUCUGCGCUUGGGAAUCCCCUUCAUCAGAGGCUCAAGGUCCUGCUGACUCGCUGUUGCGGACUGGCCUUGUAAAGCACCUUCUGAAAUACCUAGGUGAGCUUGAGCCACCCAGUACCAUCAGAAAAUCCAUGUCAAGAGGACAAGGAGAUAACCAUCCAGCUCUUGAAAAUGCAAAGGCCUGCCCAUACAUUGGUUACAGGAGAGAUUUAGUUGCGGUCAUUGCUAAUUGCUUACAUGGAAGGAAGAAGGUGCAGGAUGAGAUUAGGAAGCUAAAUGGGAUUUUGUUACUGCUGCAGCAGUGUAUCAUCGAUGAAGAUAACCCAUACUUGAGGGAGUGGGGUCUGCUAACUGUUAAGAACUUGCUUGAAGGAAAUGAAGAAAAUCAGAAGGAGAUUUCUGAACUUGAGAUGCAAGAACCUGUUAUAACUCCAGAGAUUGCUAACAUAGGUCUCAAGGUGGAGAUAGACAAGGAAACACGGCGUCCAAAACUGGUCAAUACUUCUGAUACUUAAUUUCUCACAGGUCAUGUUGUCAGGAGCAAAGAUCUUGAUGCUGUGGUUAGGACUAGGAAUACAGGUGCUACCUUUUCGUUGAAAGGUCUGCAAUGUACUCCAAUGAUGAUGACUGAAGAGAUCUAUCAUAUAAUAUACCAAUAUCUUGUGUAGAUGCUACUAUCUUUUGAUGGUGAUCAUGGUUGAGAAAACAGAAUUUUGCGACAAAAGUGAUAUGUAUUCCGAGAGAAGUAAUUCAUUGUAAGCAAAGCUGUUCUUUAAAAGUAUUUGGUUAGCAGUUUUAUUGCUAAAA